AUGAGUCCUUUAUUUGUACAAGAGUACUGCGAUUGUCAAGCUAAAAACAGGAAAAUUGAAACAGCUGCAUCCUUAGGUACAAAGGGGAGUUCCCCUUCUCGACCAAAAUGUCUAUGCUUAUCCCUGCAGACACUCAAGUCGUCACGUGAGGAAUUUUUCCAAGCAGCUUUAGAGAGUUCUUUGCUACUAAAACGUAGGAAAGUAGAGAAAUCAUGGUAUAAUGUAAGUGUAAGUAAUAAAGAAAAAAUUUGUCCACGUGAUGCAUUUUAUACCAGUGGCAUGCCGGUGAGAGUUUUCUGUGUUCCAAUUUAUUUAGAUUUUACUAGUAAACAGAAUUCUACUCGAAAAGGAAAGGACAGGAUGAAAAUUGGUUUUCGGCCAAAUGCUCCUGAAUCACGUAUACUUUACAGUCUACAGCACUCUAUUACAAUACAAACCAUGUUUACAGCAGCUACCCUUCUUUUCGCAAAUCUUUUUAAACUCAAACAUCCAUCAAACAUGGAUGAGAUCACCGGAAAUGUGUGCCCCCAGCAGGAUUUCUUAAAUCUAAACUUGUCCACAGGUAAAGCUAAUAUUCCUACUGUACCACUUACAUGUCAACAAAAAAAGACUUGUUGUUUUUAUGAAUAUCUGCAUAUACCAAAUGUUAAAAUAUAUAUUUUGGGAUUACGGAAGGCUAAAGACCAUGUCAAUGCAUGA